AUGGUGAGUGCACCCAAGAAGGCUAAGAGGAGGCAGCAGGCAGAGGGCGGCAGCUCCAACGUGUUCUCCAUGUUUGAGCAGAGCCAGAUCCAGGAGUACAAGGAGGCUUUCACAAUCAUUGACCAGAACAGGGAUGGUAUCAUCAGCAAAGAUGAUCUGAGGGACGUCCUGGCCACCAUGGGUCAGCUGAAUGUGAAGAAUGAGGAGCUGGAAGCCAUGGUCAAGGAGGCCAGCGGCCCAAUCAACUUCACCGUCUUCCUCACCAUGUUCGGCGAGAAACUGAAGGGUGCUGAUCCCGAGGAUGUCAUUGUGAGCGCUUUCAAGGUCCUGGACCCCGAGGGUACUGGCACCAUCAAGAAGGAAUUCCUGGAGGAGCUCCUGACCACCCAGUGUGACAGGUUUACCGCUGAGGAGAUGACAAACCUGUGGGCUGCCUUCCCUCCAGAUGUGGCUGGCAACGUAGACUACAAGAACAUCUGCUACGUCAUCACACACGGAGAGGAGAAGGAGGAAGAGUAA